UUGUCAUCCCUCCGUUCCCACCCAAAAACCCUCGAGGCCAUCGUGAUAAUAUAGCCAAAACACACACACCUUCUCUCUCAAAACCCUCUUUUCUUCAUAUUAUACCUCUUCUUUUCUCUCUCUCUCUAGAAAUCCUCUUUGCUUUCUAUCUAGAAAUGGAGUCUCUUGACCCAGCAGCCUGCUUCAUGGACGAUUUACUGGACUUCGCUUCUGAUAUAGGAGAGGAAGACGAUGAUGAAGACCACAACAAACCCAGAAAGGCCCUUCCUCCCCUUAACCCACCACCAAAUGGCCUUGCCGUUGCCCCUCCUCCUUUCGAUGUUUUCGACCCCUCAGAUGAUUCUACCCGUCCGUUACCUGAAUUUGCAGAGGAAGACCUGGAAUGGUUAUCUAACAAAGACGCCUUUCCGGCGUUGGAAACGUUCGUCGAUAUUCUAUCGGAGAAUCCCGGUAGCCUUCCCAAGCAAAGGAGUCCAGUGUCGGUACUGGAGAACAGCACCACAAGCAGCACCAGCAACAGCGGGAACAGCAGCACAAAUGAGAGCGUUAUCAUGAAUUACUGCCGCAGCCUUCAGGUGCCUGUCAGGGCUAGGAGCAAGCAUCACCGCAGACGGCGACGCGACCUCCAAGCCCAACAGUGCUGGUGGAGCCUGGAAAAUUUGAGGAAAGUGAGGCCAUCCGUAACAUCAUCGACAAUGGGAAGAAAAUGUCAGCAUUGCGGCGCUGAAAAGACCCCCCAAUGGCGGGCAGGGCCGCUGGGGCCUAAAACAUUGUGCAAUGCCUGUGGAGUGAGGUACAAGUCCGGGCGGCUAGUGCCCGAGUACCGACCCGCUAGUAGCCCGACGUUCAGCGUUGAAUUGCAUUCAAAUUCGCAUAGGAAAGUUAUGGAGAUGAGGAAGCAGAAGCAGAUGAUGGGAUUGAUGGUUGUGAAACCUAUGGAGAAAGGGUAGGGCUGAACUAAUUGGUGCCCCCUUUUUUUUUGUUUUAUUUUUAUUUUUAUUUUUUUACUAGCAUAGUUAGGAAGUAGGGGUUUGGUGUAAUGGGAUAGGUCAUUAGUGAUGUUCUUUGGCUUUGGUUGAAAUUUAGUGAGGGGAAUUUUGUCUUGAUAGUGUGAAUGGCUGGUUGGUUUCUGUUUUUAGAAUAGAAAAGCAAGGUAGUGUUAUUGGGUUAUUCUCCAUUCUUAAUUAUUUUUGCUGCAUUUGCUUGGAUUGGAUUUGCAGAUGAUGGGAUUCAAGAAAAAGGAAAUUGUGGUUGAGGAAUUUGGUGAUAUUCCUUUUUGGGUUGAGAGUUGAGGCUUGAGAGUGGUUGUCAUGUUUAAUUACUUUGAACUAACUCAUUUCUUAUGGAUAGUUGGUAAGCUGUAACGGAAUUCAAACUUGGUUGUUGAGGGAAAAAUCCUCUAUUACAAAGACCUGGGGAAUUAUAAAGUUCAAUACCCAUCUUUUUGUUUCC